UCCAAAAGAAGAAGAAGAAGAAGAAGAAGAACAUUCAUGCUAGCUCGUACCGGGUGAAUUGAAUUGUUAUGCUAUCGGUCUUCUACAAACUAGCUUAAAAUGGACCAGCGCCCCCAAAGCACAUAAAGUCAGCUUUAUCGUGGGGUAAGCUUUAGCAAUAUAUAAAGUGUAGUCGCUCAGUUUAUAUGAGGUUGAAGAACAUGGUCGUGAAUCUCUGCCUACCUCACUUUAACACAGAAAUAAGCUCCAACAAGUUGUGUGCAGAUGGCUAUGAUGUCACAAACCUCAUAUCAGCAGACCCUGCUCUCCGCAGGCGGGGCUUCAAGCUGGAGUACUUUCUACGUCCACCCGUGCAGGUGACGUUAAGGUUCGGCUUUCAGGUGGAGCUGUACAGGGUGGAUGUGGAGCUUUGGCCUUGGGGCAUGGACCUCGGGCAGACCAGCAAGAGACUGGAGAUCAGCACCAAUUCCAAUUUGCUUCGUCCUCAGAAUUUUAGCCAAGGCAAGGGACAAGACCAGGUUAAUAUCCGGCUUCAGACACAUGUACAGGUGGAGCAGAAGGAGGGAAAUGGAAAGCAGAGCAAUCAAGAUGGCAAGUUCAACGGCCACCUGUGGAGUGUCCAGGCUCAAGCGUGGGACGAGGAGUCUCAACAAAGGAACCACAAACAAAACACCAAAAGUCAUUCUCAAUCAGACACUCGGUUUAACAAUCCUGAGCAUGACUUUAAGAUAGUUGGCCGUUGUCAACUCAAGGAAGAAACCAAAGUUUGCUUCUCCCAUUCUGCAUUUCGUCCUCGGCCUCCAUUCCUCUCUCUUCCUCCUCCUCUUCAACCAGACAACUGCCGCAGAGAGGAUCUAUGGAGUCGAGGUCACCUUUCUUUGAGCUCUGUCUCACAGCUUCGCGUGACAUUGCCUUUUGGCGGGGCUGCAUCCGCUCUUGGUCUCAAGGCUUUGGUGGUGUGGGGGCAACCGGCUCGUUGCUGCCCUCCAGAGGAAGUGGAGAAGAUUAAUUGUGUCCACAGGGCCAGUCGAAGGCUGCCACCUCGACCUGUUGCUUCUGUCAGUAACACUGAACCGCCCCAGCAAGACACACCUUCAAGCACUCUGUCAACUCCAGAGGAGUUUCUUGACCCCAUAACCCAGGAAGUGAUGACACUGCCCAUGCUUCUCCCGAGCGGCUUGUCCGUGGACAGGACCACCCUGGAGGAGCACCAGAAGAGGGAGGCCUCCUGGGGGCGACCCGCAAGUGACCCAUACACCGGUGUGCCGUUCACCGCCGCCUCUCAGCCUCUGCCCAAUCCCCAGCUGAAAAGCCGCAUCGACAGUUUCCUCCUGCGAAAUGGAAACGCAAGGAGGGAUGGGACUUUAGGGAGACGGGGGGAGGCCGAGAAGCCACAAGCAUCCAGGCUAAUAGGCCCACGUCCUGAUGAACGCUCUGUGAUAAUACCAAACAAACAAAUGGAGGACGCGGAAUCUGGACAGUCAUCGGAUUGUGGAAAUAUCGAUGGAGGGAAGAAGCGAAAGCUGAAUGAACUGUGUGAAUCAGAACCAUCAACAGCUGAGCAACUACAUCAAACGAAAAUACCAAGAAGCGACACUUUGAGGCAAAGAAGCAGCAGCUCACAUGAACAACGUCUGUCAGCCAGCCUGGAUGACGCCCUCUCCUCCGUCCUAAGGGGGCGACCCUCUUUUACCUCAAACUUGUCUUUGCCGGGGCAGGCCCCUCCUGUCUCUGAGUCACCUCACACUGCUGCUCUCACUAUGCCAGGGGAUGACAGGACGUGCUCUUCUUGCUCCUCAGUGCUCUCUCUUUACUCCAUGCCUUCAUCGCCUGUGUAUCGCCUGCUCUGCGGUCAUUUGUUGUGCCGCACCUGCCUACAAAGAGACUCACCACUAUUGAACUCUGUCGCUUUCAUUCUAUGUCCUACCUGCCAACGGCCUACGUCUCGCAGUGACAUCAUACGUGUGCAUCACUAGCCUGCCCGGAGACAGCGCAAAGAAACAAGCGGUUCUCAAGGUAAAGUGAGGGGCUUGCAGCCUUGGUCCGAUGGUUUGUGGAUGCAAAAAGAGAAGGCUGAGCACAGUGUGCAUGCCGCAUGAAAAGGAGGAAAGCCUCCUCGAUCUUUCAUGUAACGUUACAACCUCUCUUUCGGACACUUUCAGCACAAUAAAUGCGGAAAUAAAAUAAUAGUGUACGGCCCGUAUUUAUAUGUUUAUACGACAGAGUCACCCAGAGUCUUGAAAAGACCACCUUUUUUUAAUGGCGGUUUCCGUGACGACAAGUGUAAAUCAAGGUCAUGAUCCUGUAUCCGCUCAGUAAGAGCUGCAUGCAAAAUACCCACUGAUACAAGCCGAGUUUCGCUCCACAGCAGGGGAGUCCAAAUUUUUACCGCCCGGGGCUGCAUAGUGAAAAAUCAAAGGAUGCGGGGGCCACUUUUACAUUUUUUUUUUAACCAACCCAUACUGAUAUGCUGAGAUGUUUUUAACAGCCUGCAUCUCUGCCUUGUGUUACCUGUGACAAAUUAGUAUAGUUGAAAGUUUUUUCUUGCUGAUUUUUUACAAAUAUUUCAUAUUAUUUUCACUUGAUUGUAAUAUUACUUUUUCCCCAGACCUAAUUGCAACUUUUUUUUUGUUUUUUCCCUCAUAACUUCUUAAAAAUUUUUACUUUAUGCCUGUUUUUCUCUGAAUAUUAUGACUAGCAUUAGUCUGUUUAAUCUUUAUUCUUGGAACAUUGGUAGUCUUUUUUCCCCCUCAUAUUUGUUGUUCUAUUCAUUUUUUUUCCAUGUGUGAUUUGUAUUUUUGCCUAGGGCAGGGGUGUCUAAACUUUUUCCAUCGAGAGCCACAUGCUGAAACAUCAAAGUAUGCGGGGGCCACUUAAAAACAUUCAUGUGGAUACACUGAGAUGUUUUUUUUAUAUUAUAUUUUAAGAGAAAAAAAAUAGCCUGCAAUCUGUGACAAAGUGUAUUAUUAGAUAGAACAUUUUGCGCUUUCUUACACUUUCUUGAAUUAAAAUUGUUGUAUUCUUUUUAUUUUAUCAUAAUAUUUUGAGUUCAUUAUGUUAAUAUUCUAAUUUCUUCCCAACCAUUUUUUUCCCCAAAUUGCAACUUUAUAUUUUGUUUAGUUUGUUUCUCAUAUUAUGAUUUUUUUCUUUAAUUUUUCAACUUUUUUUAAACUUAACAUUAUGACUUGACUGUCUUAAUAUAUCGUCCUUAUUCUUAUUCUCCCCCCCCCCCCCCCCCCAUUUUUACUGUGUUUUUACAUUUUUUUUGUUUUCGUAUUCUGAUUUUUUUAGGCAAUACUGUAAUGGAUUUAAAAAUAUACAUCUUUCAAUUCUUCUUAAACUAUUUAGAACAUUUUUUCAGAAGUUCCAGUUUAGAUUUUUCCGCAUUUUAUGAGAUACUCAAUUUUGAGUUUUUAUUAGCUGAAAGUUGUAAUCAUUAAAUCCAGGUAUUGCACAGUACAGUGAAUCAAUAGAAGAUUGGAUUGUCUCUCAUAUAUUGUAAUAUACUUUUUAACCUGGUGUUCCUCAGUACCACUACCCCUGGUUGUACCACAGGUUGAGAAUAAAUCAAUUUCAUUGAAAUGAGAGCGUCCAGUGGUGCAAUAAUGAAUUGCAUUUGUGGCUUGAAUGCAGCCGGUCACAUUACAUACAGGUCCGUCUUGCAGAGUUAUUGUUUAAUUGCUAAUCAGCAAGACAACACUUAAUAGGUAAGACAGAAUGCUAAGCACAGUAACAACCUGAUGCGGAUUUAAAAUGCUAAUUUUUUUUUGUUUAGUAUUAGAAAUAGUUGAUAUGAUGAUUGGCCUUCACGACCAUGCUGGAGUCUUAAUGAACAUAAGACUAAGUAAGUAUACAGGUUGUCCUUUUGCCACCAGCUUGAUUGUUGGUGCACUGUUGAAUACAGACAAAAGCAUUUGUGUGUGGAUAAGUGAUGCACCAACACAUCCGCCUCGACCUCUCGCCAUGACGUC